AUGCUGCGUGCCAUGUGCAAGCUCGUGAUAUUGGACCAGGAGCCACCACUGAACGUCAACCCGCCGGCUGUUGGCCCAGUGAACCCAAACAGCGCGGCGUAUUUCUGUGCAACCUUGCGCUCAAUCACAGUAAGCGCCGGCGACACCGUGAACACGUGCGAAUUCGUGUUGAGCACAGACAGUACAAUGUCCGAUAGAACACCAAUGGGGUUCGUGGAGGCGUACAGUUUGUCGAGGAAGCCGGGAUGCCAGGUGUUGACGGAGGUGUCCAGGAUAUUUUUCACCACGGCGAGCACCUCUUCUGGCGCGGAUUCCCUGUCUCUGAGACCCUUUUCAAGCGACUUGUCCAGAUCCAACGUUGAGUACAGCGACUUUGGGUCUUCGUGUCUGGGGCCAAGCGAUCUUUUGCCCGAAUCGGUGUCUCUGAUCUGUUCAAUGAUGAGCUCAAUGGCCGGCACCACCAGACGUUGCAGCUCGUUGGCUCUAUCAGAUUCCAAUUGGGACUCCUGA